AUGCUGGAUGGUCUCGCCUGCCCCCGCCCCCCGGUGCCUGGGUGCGCCAGCCGCCGCCGCCGCGGCCCGAGUGAGCGGCCGGAGCAGGAAGCGCCGGACGAGCCCACUGCGCGGCCGCCGUGGGGGAAGCGAAGGAGCAGAGGCGCCAAGAUGAGUGGAGACGAGAACCCAGCCAGUAAGCCCACGCCGGUGCAGGACGUGCAGGGCGACGGGCGCUGGAUGUCCCUGCACCAUCGGUUCGUAGCAGACAGCAAAGAUAAGGAACCCGAAGUCGUCUUCAUCGGUGACUCCUUGGUCCAGCUGAUGCACCAGUGCGAGAUCUGGCGGGAGCUCUUUUCCCCUCUGCACGCACUUAACUUUGGCAUUGGUGGUGACAGCACACAGCAUGUGCUGUGGCGUCUAGAGAAUGGGGAGCUGGAACACAUCCGGCCCAAGAUUGUGGUGGUCUGGGUCGGUACCAAUAACCACGGGCACACCGCAGAGCAGGUGACUGGGGGCAUCAAGGCCAUAGUGCAGCUGGUGAACGAGCGGCAGCCCCAGGCGCGGGUCGUGGUGCUGGGCCUGCUUCCUCGGGGCCAGCACCCCAACCCACUUCGAGAGAAAAACCGACGGGUGAAUGAGCUGGUACGGGCAGCACUGGCUGGCCACCCUCGGGCCCACUUCCUGGACGCAGACCCUGGCUUUGUGCACUCAGAUGGUACCAUCAGCCACCACGACAUGUAUGAUUACCUGCACCUGAGCCGUCUGGGGUACACACCUGUUUGCCGGGCCCUACACUCCUUGCUUCUGCGUCUGCUAACCCAAGACCAGGGACAGGGUGGUAUCCCGCUGCCGGAACCCAGCCCCUAAGCAUCUU